AUGGCCCCAGCUUCCGCGACUGGCUACCAAUCUUUGGCUGGAGUGAGACAACCUCUGACCUCUACACCCCAGACCAGCACGCCGCUCCCGGACAUGAACAUCGGUGAAACGCCAAGCACUACGGUACUUUCAGGUGCCAGAACUUUUGAGCCAUGGUCUCCUCUCACGUCGCCUGCUUCAAGCAAUUCCACCCGGAAUGCGGUACCGCAAAUCGGAACUGUGACAUCACCCGAUCAAACUUCUCCCAAUUCACCUUUGCAACCAAAUGACAAUCAAAGCGGGCAACGUGCAUCUCCUGCUUUGUUCAACCCCGCGAGUCGCGAAGCUAGUCCUCUUGCCUCGGAGCAGCGUCCAGUACAAACCUCCACCGCAACCACCAGCGCUAUCGCCGUGGUCCUUGCGCUUCCUAUCAAGGCACAUGCCCUAUGCUCAGGAUUACGGUAA